AUGGCUACCAUGACUGUAACGGCGCCGCCGCCGUCGAAGAAGCCAUCGAAGAAGAACGCCAAUAAGGUCCCCGAGAAUGAACGAUUCAUGCGAGCCUGCUCCGAUAUUGCGAAUGUACUCAUCCAGGAAUUCGAGUCGCAGAGAGAUUCUACCAAGCCGAAGAAGGAUAUUAAUCUGAACAAGUUGCGGGGUCAGAUGGCGAAGAAGCACUCUUUGGCAACCCAGCCGCCACUCACGGCCAUUAUUGCGGCCGUGCCAGAACAUUACAAGAAAUACAUCUUGCCAAAGCUGAUCGCGAAGCCUAUUCGUACCUCUUCUGGUAUCGCCGUCGUCGCCGUGAUGUGCAAGCCUCAUCGAUGCCCCCACAUCGCCUAUACCGGUAACAUUUGUGUCUACUGCCCUGGUGGCCCUGACUCCGACUUCGAAUAUUCCACUCAAUCAUACACCGGUUACGAGCCGACUUCUAUGCGUGCGAUUCGCGCUCGUUACGAUCCCUUUGAGCAGGCCCGAGGACGAGUCGAUCAGAUCAAAGCUUUGGGACACAGCGUGGAUAAAGUAGAGUACAUUAUUAUGGGUGGAACAUUCAUGUCUCUGCCUGAAGACUACCGUGACACUUUCAUCUCUCAGCUUCACAAUGCGCUGAGUGGAUACCAAACCGAUAAUGUUGAUGAGGCCGUACUGGCGGGAGAAAUGAGCAAUGUCAAGUGUGUGGGAAUUACAAUUGAAACCCGGCCCGAUUAUUGCUUGGAUACCCAUUUGAGCAGUAUGCUUCGAUACGGCUGUACCCGCUUGGAAAUCGGUGUGCAGAGUCUGUAUGAGGAUGUUGCCCGUGAUACAAACCGUGGACACACCGUUAAAGCUGUUGCCGAGACUUUCAAGUUAUCUAAGGAUGCUGGAUUCAAGGUUGUCAGCCACAUGAUGCCUGACUUGCCAAAUGUGGGUAUGGAGCGCGACCUGUUCCAGUUCCAGGAGUACUUCGAGAACCCUGAUUUCCGUACCGAUGGUCUCAAGAUCUAUCCCACGCUUGUCAUCCGAGGUACCGGCCUUUACGAGCUUUGGCGCACCGGUCGUUAUAAGAACUACACCCCCAAUGCUUUGGUCGAUCUAGUUGCUCGUAUCAUGGCAUUGAUUCCUCCAUGGACCCGUAUCUACCGUGUCCAGCGAGAUAUUCCCAUGCCGCUAGUCACUUCUGGUGUCGAAAACGGCAACCUGCGCGAGUUGGCUUUGGCCAGAAUGAAGGACUUUGGAACAACCUGCCGUGAUAUCCGAACCCGUGAAGUGGGUAUCAAUGAAGUGAAGAACAAAAUUCGACCAUCUCAGAUUGAGUUGAUUCGUCGCGACUACGCGGCCAACGGUGGCUGGGAAACCUUCUUGGCUUACGAGGACCCGAAGCAGGAUAUUUUGAUCGGUCUCCUGCGUCUGCGCAAGUGCAGUGCCACCCAUACAUUCCGCCCCGAGUUCACCGGUCAGCAGACCAGUAUUGUUCGUGAGCUACACGUCUACGGAUCUGCUGUGCCGCUCCACGGGCGUGAUGCUCAGAAGUUCCAGCACCGUGGUUUCGGUACCCUGUUGAUGGAGGAAGCAGAGCGUAUCGCGCGCGAGGAGCAUGGCAGCAGUAAGAUCAGCGUCAUCUCUGGCGUUGGUGUGCGUAGCUACUAUGCUCGCUUGGGUUACACCUUGGAUGGACCUUACAUGUCCAAGAUGUUGGACCCUUUUGAGGAUGAGGAGUUCUAA